GAGAGAGACAGAGAGAGAGAGGCAGAGGCAGAGGCAGAGAUCUCAGGGAAAUGGAACGAGGAGGAGGAGGUUUCCAUGGCUACCAAAAGACUAGCUCUGGGUUGAAACUAUCAGAGAUCAACAUGAGGGUGGCAGGGAUGAAUCAAUUCAGCAUGCAGCAGGGGGGAAAGAGUACUAGCUCCUCUACCACCAAUAUCAAUAUCAAUAAUGUUGUUAGCAACAACAACGUCGUUAACCACCCCACCAGUAGUAAUGGUACUACUACUACUACUGAUGAUAACGAAUGCGUGGUGAGAGAGCAAGACCGCUUCAUGCCAAUAGCCAAUGUGAUCAGAAUCAUGCGCAAGAUCCUUCCCCCGCAUGCCAAGAUCUCAGACGAUGCCAAGGAAACCAUCCAGGAGUGUGUCUCCGAGUACAUCAGCUUCAUCACUGGGGAGGCCAACGAGCGUUGCCAGCGCGAGCAGCGCAAGACCAUCACUGCUGAAGACGUCCUCUGGGCCAUGAGCAAGCUCGGCUUCGACGACUACAUUGAGCCCCUCACCCUCUAUCUCCACCGCUACCGCGAGAUGGAGGGGGAGCGUGGCUCUGGCUCCUCCACCACCUCCGUCAUGAGAAGCGAUACCUCAGUGAAGGGUGCUGCUAGCAGCAGUAGCAGGGCAAUAGAUCACCACCAGUACUAUGCUGCUGCUGCUGCGGCGGCUGCUUUUCAUCAUCACCAUGGCCAUGCCUUUUUUGGAUACUUAAAGCCAUCCGAUGCCUCCACCUCCACCAAUAAUAAUAUCAAUGCUGCUGCUGCUGUCGCCGUGGCCGCUCUGCCAUAUUGUGAUCAGCACCAGCCACAUGCAAAUGAUCGAGCUUAAGUGAAAUGUAAUGUUACUUCCUAGCUACCUAGGUCUAGGUCCUUCCAUCGAGUAGUACUGGUUUUAUUUGAGUCGCUUAGUAGUAGUGCAGUAAAAUUAUAACCAAAAAAAGUACUGUGUGCAUGCGUAGUAAAAUUAAGAGCGCAGUUUUCCUUGCGUUGGGGAUGCUUUUGCUUAAUCGACGUCGACGCUUUCAUAUCGCAUUCAUUGCCAACUUCCGAGGAUCAUUUUCCCUUUGGAAAGCAAAGAAAAAAUACAGAACAAAAAAAAAAUAUAUAUGAGAAAAACGUAAUACUAGCUCCCAGCGAGGAUCGAACUCGCGACCUUUCGCUUACGAAGCGAACGCA